GACGAACUUUUACUUCACCGCCGGGGUAAAAUUAGGACACAGCACACCAUACUGUAAAAUGGUUACAGAUAGGCUAUAGCUGUGAUCCACAAAGCUACGUGUUCUGCUUUUUAUUUGAAGAAGUCAAACAAGAAAAAGUUUUAACUCGUGGAAAAGCAUACAUCUUUUUAACAGAAAAAUGACUGAGCUUUCUGAUAAAAGCUUACAGUCGCGUUUGGAAGUUCGACGUCCUGUACUCUUCCUGAGUUAAUCAUUAGGCUAAACCCGAGCAGCAAUCGGCUGGUAACAUCACCCCUUCCGGGUUCAGUUAGCUUAUUAUAAGUUGUAGAUAGUUAUUGAAUUAAAAACUAAAGCACAAGAAUACAAAAAGAAACGUAGCCUACCGCAGCAACAACAUUGACAUUUGACAAUAUUAUCGAGAAAUAACCUAUGCGAUUUUCUAUACCUUGUAUGCGCGUGUACAUAUUCUUACAUCCCUCAAGAAUGUAGAAAUAGCUACGCCGGUUAUCUCAAUGUGACCUCAAUCCGCCAUACCGUAAGGAUAGGACUGCACGGAUGCCCGCUACUUAUUCAUGAAACACUUGCGCGCGGGGUGGAGCGCAUUUUGAGAGCCAACUCGAACAGGACUAACACCUUUAAGCAUAAAAGUCACUUUCAUUUACGGAACACCAGCUACAGAGAACAUGGCAGAGGACAUUCAAGCUAAGCUGGAGAGGUACCGCACUGCACCGUUUGAUGCCAGAUUCCCAAACCAAAAUCAAACCAGGAACUGUUGGCAGAACUAUCUUGAUUACCAUCGCUGCCAAAAGGCCCUGACUAACAAAGGUGUCGAUGUUGCCCCAUGUGACUGGUACAAGAGGGUCUACAAAUCGCUGUGCCCCAUAUCAUGGACUACGAAGUGGGAUGACCAGAGGGAUGAGGGAACGUUCCCUGGGAAGAUCUGAGCGCAGCCUACUGUAAGAAGCGGUCCUUCAGAGUAAAGUCUGCAUCAGUGGAGGGGUGUUCCUCCUCUGCUGCUUCCAUAUCUGAUCCUCUGCAAUGUGAGCAGGUCCUAACUUAACCGUCAUUCCUUUGAACGUGUAUUGUGCAUAGUGCAUUAAAAUCUCAGGCAAUAAAUUAAAAUGGAGUGUGCGCCUU